GAAUGAGCAUCUAGUCAUGCAGUGGCAAAAAUAAAGUAUACAUGCAGACUUGAUACGAGGCUGACAAGAGGAAAGCUACCCGUUCGGCAGGCUUUCUGGGGUACAGGUGACACAUGCAGCGUAAACAAUUGUCCUGUUCUCAUGAGAUGUUGGUGAGUAUUGUUUGUGAUUUGUAGUCACAUUCGGUUCAUCUCGGACAGUUUGGGUAAGAAUCUUUUGAGCACAUGCCUUGGCUUGGUUGUGUGACUGAUUACAUUACUAUCUAUCGGCAGUCGUGACACUUAUAUGAGUGUCAAGUAUCAACGUGUACACACAACUUAUGUAAGCGGGAGGCAUUAGUCGCUGAGCGGCUCACAGUGAAAGUUUCAAAUGUCACUAUCGAGGUAUAACACAGGUAACGACAGUAGCAGAGAGGACCAGAUUGUAAUGCAUGUUCAGCCAUUAUCAUCAAGUGUUGACAUUCUGAAUUAAAACAAUUCUUCCAGGAUCAUAAGGAAUAAGGAAUCUGCUCAAUGCGAGUCCACUAUAUGAUGUUAACCAUAACACAAGCAUUUGUUUUUAACUCACAUAGUAUGGGAGAGGUUCUUGUGCAAGACAUGAUGAUGGACACAAUAAGGCUUGGAAUUAUUCUCCACGACUCGGUGCACAUUGUAAGUCGAGAGCCAGGCAUUGUGAUUUGUUUUUGUGUGGUGACAGUAAUCGUUAACUGUUAGUCUUGUGCACAUCAUAUAAUUUGAGUUAGCAGACAACACAUUAAGCACAGCAUUUAUGGCGUCAGAUCACCCGUACAAUAUAUACAAUGAUAUAGUCCUUGAUACGUCGUCGCCGAACACAAAGAGUGUCUUUAUGAUAAUAUAUUUGAAAAUGUUAAGAAAAUAGACCGUCGCAGUUCUUAAAGGUAAUAUUAUCAUUACACUGUGGAGCGGACACUGUUUAUUUUCAAAGUGCGGAAUGUCAGGGUUGUUGUCUCUGUGCAGUGGUCCUAUCGCUUGGACCUCCAGAAAUGAAGGGGACCCUGUGUUCAGAAGACCGAGGCAGGAUUACUUCCUCCAUAUGAUCAUGUGAGAGGUCUCCCUUUGAACCACCAUAACUCAACCACUUAACCUAAUCUAACGGAAUUGCAGAGGACUUAGAAAUAAUCUUUAUGACAUUCAAUUGUUGAUCCAGGAUUUUAAACUGUCUGCUUUAUGUCGUCACGAAAUGUACCUUAAAAGUACAGAUAGUAGGAACGACCAUUGUCAUCAUAAAUAUCUCUAUUUGCCACUACUUGGAAGCAUGCCAUUCUGAAGGAUUUAUAUGAUUUUGGUUUGAGUGGCCACUUUAGUCAUUUAAUUUCAUCAUUUUAAACAGUCAAUUUCAAGUCCAAUUGGGUUCAACCCUGUCUGACCAAUAUAUUCCGGAUCAGGGUGUCCACGCAAAGCAAUAUUCUGUCUGUCACUUUAUUUUGUAUCUAAAACGUGUUCCUAAUGUAGGAUCCCAGUCAAACAGGAGGUAGACAUUACACUAACUACACUAAAAUAUCUAACACAAACCAAUUGGUCUAUCUACAAGAAAAUACCAAAUUAAGGCCAAAAUAUGAUUCUUUACUAAUGGUUCCAAGGAUGGAGGCAAUGUUUGAAGUGUCACUCUCAUUGGAUAGGAAAUGGUGUCUUCGAGAAUUCCAGGUAAAAAUUAUAGUUUUACGGCUGAGGCUAAUGCAAUUCUUAAAGUUUAAUUUAAGCCUCAGGUACAUUAAUCUUUGUUUAUUUGUUUGUUUGUGUUCCAGCUUUAUGACGGCAGUCUGUAAAUAAUCGAGUCUAGACCAAUAGGGAUACGAUUUCGCAAUAGGGAUACGAUGACAUGCAUCAAUCAAGCCAGCUAGCCUGACCACCUGAUCCCGUUAGUCACCUCUUGUGACAAGCAUAGUAGCCAUUUAUGACAAGCAUGGGCUGCUGAAGAUCUAUUCCCACCCAGAUGUUCACAGUUUCAGUCAACAUAAUGACUGCCUCGCUGAUAUCGAUUGCCUGCUUGGUAACUGCUGCUGAAGCCAGUUCAUGCAAGGACACCCAUCACUGUUCAGACUGUGACGGUGAGACAGGGUAUUGCCUCACUGAGUGUGACACUGGAUAUUAUGGUCUGAGUUGCAAGUCUAACUGCAGCAAAAACUGUAGGAAUAACACAUGUGUGAUCUCAAGCCAUGGUAGUGCUAACUGCACUGAGGGUUGUGUGCUAGGAUACCAAGGCAUCAACUGCAACAUACCAUGUGACAGUCCAGGGGGUAACUGUACAGCAUGUCCAGGUGGUUGUGAUGGAGGAUAUUGUCAGCUGGACUCCUCCUGUGUGUCUGGAUGUGUAGACUCACACUACGGGACUGAUUGUAAGAACUGUUUAAAAGGAUGUAACCCAUGCAAUAGGUUGACAGGAGCAUGCGAAGAGACAUCAGGUAAUAACGUGGGACUGUUUAUAGGACUUGCUGCUGCAGGUGUGCUUUUCAUUGUAAUAGUAUUCCUGGUUGUGUGCUGCUACAAGUAUUGUCAACACUUAAGAAAAAACAGGUUUCAAUACCUCACGCCUACCCAUGGCGUACACAUGUCAACAGAGGACACUGAUGCUCGAGUGUAUGAUGUCAUUGAUGAAGCAGUGAUGUAUGAUCCUCUCACUGGUGAUAGACAAACCAGUCUAUCACGUGACCUGGAACUUUCAGACACAGCGGAACCAGGAACCACACCCAUGACCUGUUAGUAAGAACGCGUUAUAGCAAGGGUUUGGGUCCAAGACGCUUUAGAAAUAAAGGAUAACAUAUCUACCUCAGAGGUCAGAGCGUGAGGCUACCAGAAACUGAAAUAUCUACCUCGGAGGUCUGCGCGUGAAGCUACCAGGAACUGAGAUAGCUAGAAAAGAGCAGGAAGUAGAAAAGAGUUGUGUAAUGUUUAUAUGUUGUAUGUGCCAUAUCUGUUAUUUUGUUAGUGUGUUGUUGAGAGAGGGACAAGGAUUAGUCAGAAUCUAUAUUUGGUGUGAGCUUUGUUGUAGUGCAUGUUUAUAUAUGUUUCCCACACACUGACAUUGGUCAUAUAUUUGAAGUUUGAUAUGAGACAAGUGGAAUUAAUAGCAUGUGAUUUCUCGAAAACUAAACUUUGUGACCAUUUCUACGACAAACCUAAGGAAAAUCGUCAUCCCUUGAGUCGUAGGGCAUUUGCCACUUCAACCUGUUGACUGUAUAUAUUAACACAUCUCAAUCUUGAAAGGUUCAGGACAAUUUGUCCAGAAAUAAAUAAACUGUUCUCUUAAGCUUACUGAGAAGGCAUUACCAGACAUGCUGGAGUUAAUCAUUGAUAACAUCACUGUGCAAUGUGGUGAUUGGAUUGGCGAAAUUGAAACACGGUUUUGAUAUCGUUCAAUAUUUGUCCAACAACCAAUCCUCCUCCACUGAUUUACCCUUCUGAACUAGAAAUGAAGAAAACCAGUGAAAGUGCCGCAUCGGUUUCAUAUAUAAGCAUACCUAUUCAAAGGAUCUCCACAUGACUGUAUAACAAGAAGGGUUUCUUCAACUCUCCUAGAGGCAACCUUCCCGUUAUGACGGACCGCCUGUGGUCUUGUGGAGGAGCGUCCGCUCUGAGAGCUCAUGGCCGUGGGCUCGAUUCCCGGCCGCGACAUUCCCAAAGAAGUUACAAUAUUCCAAUUGUUGUUAUCCUGUCUGGCUCUCGGCGAAAAGAGGCUAAAACAAGCAUUCGUCGGCUCAGAGUCAAGGUACUGUGUCUGAGUGGGGUAUUCAUGUUAAACUGUGGCAUGGGAUCCCAGUGGACUAGCACUAUUAAAUUAACAUUAUUCUGG